CUGACUUCAUUUCCAAGCUUGGUCUCUGAUAAAAGUCCAUGUGAAUCUCUGCGUUCUGCUUAUCCCAAGUUCAAUCUCCAAACGAGCCCCAACAAUCACGCUUGCAUGGACAUUCCGUUCAAAAAGAGGAGGGUGAGUUUUUCUGAUUUAGGAGAAGACCAGGACGACAGCAACAACACAAAGGAAGGAAGGAUAGCUCCACAAAAAACUGUAUCUUUCAAAGAAGAAAGGAAGAAGACAAACUACUGGCCCCAGAGGCAGUUUUCCAGCCCAAUUAGUGAUGUCAAUGAUGUGAGCGACAUGGAGUUCGCAAUUGCAGUUGCAGCAGCUGCAUAUGCUAUUACUUCAAUGGAAGAAGAAUCGAUAAACCAGAACAAGACAAUUGAACAAUUGAUGCAUCCUACAGCCAAGACAAAAAGCAAAAGAGAAGAUAGCAUAGACAAGACACCUGAUUAUAUCAGACUAAUCAGAUGGUUUACUGGUAAAGAGGCAAGAGAAGAUGAAAGAGAAUCAGGUAAUUCUUCAGUCAAAAAGCCAGUAACACUGCCAGGAAAGUUGCUGGAAGAACCUGGUGCUGAUCACACGAUAUCAGGAAAAGCAAAGGAAACCAAUCUAACCAUCAAAAGGACACCAACUUUUUCUGAUGAGUAUCUAAAUGAAACAGGAAGUAGUAGCUCAGUACAUGGACAAAACCAGAAGGGCCAACAAGCAUCAUCCGUGAUCAAACCGACAUCGUUUUCUAGCAAAGAAAAUGAAGCCAAGAGAAUAACUAACACCACUAAUGUGGAAACAGAAGUAGAUGUAUGGGAGAGAGAAAAGAUGGACAAAAUAAGAGAAAGGUAUGAAAAGGAGAUAUCUAAGACUUUGGAAUGGGAGAAUGCCAAGAAGCUGAAAGCCAAACGCCAACUGGAGCACAAAGAGAUGGAUCUCAAACUGAAACAUUCAAGAGCAUUACGAGAAUAUCAUAAUGAGGUAUCAAGGAUUAACAAAACUGCCGGUGGAAAAAGAGCCCUUGCAGAAGAAAGGAAAAAAAACAAUGAAUUGAAGACAAAGGAGAAGGCACAUAAGAGACACUAUAACAGGGAAAGUUCUUUAUGCAUGUUCUGCUUCUGAAACAUCACCAGAAGAGUAGAAAGAGCACUUGAAUAUAACACUCCGUCCAUAUAAUAUAAAGACAAUUUGCUUGUGGGUCUUGUUUCACUCCUUGUAUGAAAAUUCACUUGUGCAAAGCAAUGAAUGACUCAUCUAUCAUGGUGUAAUUUCUUUUUUCUAAACUAAAAAAGAUCAAUUAACCAGAGUGAAAAGCUUACAAAAUUGCCUCUCAAGAUCAGAGGAGGACAGAAUGCAAAACUCAGGAUAAGAUCUUGCAAAAUUUGCCACUCAAUUGGCAAGACCAUCGACUUCUCCAUACACAUGUUGGAAUCUAAUAGACUCAACAGAUGGAAUGUCUUUGAAAAUGUUCAAAAUUCUCCAAGGAGGGUUGUUAUGCAUCAGAACAUGAACAUAUUGAGAGCAUCGCAAUCCAAUUGCAAAUAUUUGAAACCCUCCUUCACAGCAAACUGCAUCAUGGUGUAAAUUUGUAUACAGUCUAUACUACACCCAUAAAGAAUCACAAUCAACAAAUGUAACCAAGAAGAACUUCAAACAUCCAAGAAAAAUAGAGAUUGUCUAUGCCAAGGAUUCAUCAGUAUCAUUCUGGUAUCAGUUUAGGAGACAUAUUGCGCCUUGCAGAACAAGUAUAGAACCUACAUAUACUGCCUGGUAUUGUUAAAUAUAAAAAACUCAAACAAAGUAUAAUCUAAAUCAAACUUUAGAUAUAUGUUUCGAUACCAAUAAUUGGUCUGAUUGGUAGAUACCAGUCUAACCAGUUUUUAUAUCCUUGGUUUAUGCAACCUAACAGACUAAACCAGUAUUUAACCUCAAAUGCAUUCAAUGAUGUUCAGGUUGAAUGUAGAACCAAUGCACAUGGAGAACAGUUCAAUGUGGCUGCCACAGUGAUUAAAUGGCUAGAACCAUUAGCUCUAAAUAUAAGUUAAACAUUAACGAAACUUUUACCAUUGUAUUGAUCAUGCUUGCACAGCCCAAGACAACUCCCUAUACAUGCUCUGUCAGUUAAGAAGACAAACGAAUGUGACACCUUAUGUACCAUCUGAGAUCCCAUUGCACUAAUAUUUAAACAAAUCAUUUGACUCUUAGAUAGCUUUUUCGUUUCUUUUGAAGGAAUUCUAUUACUUAAAACCUCAGGAACAGUGUAACUAUAUGGUUAAUUUGAUGAUUGUUGGCAGAACAGCUUCCUUCUUAUAUUACUCAUGCAUGCUAGUCCCUCUCCCCUCCCUCUAGUCUCUUCCUAGUAAACUCUCCUUUCCCUCUUCAUGCCAUCAAGGCAUGAUCCAUGCAAGACUGCAUGAAACUCAAUGCAUGUCAUGCCAGCAUAGAUAUGGCAAAAACCAUACCACUGAAGUUUGGAUCCUGCAACUUAUGAACCAAAGUUCCAUAAAAAUAUUAAAAAAGUUCUCCCAUUGUAUAACAUUAUACAAUUGCAAUCCUGAAUUAACAUUGAAUGCAACGAUCUCAUUUAAAAAAAGAAAAUUUGGUGCACAAAUAAGUAUAUAAAGCACGAAUAUUUUGCAAUCUACACGAAGAUCUAAGUACCUAACUUGACUAUAAGAGAAAAGAAUAUAUUGUAUACUGCCAACUUUGAUGCUAACAAGAUCUUUUGACCUCAUUAAGGUGAUCAAAAGGCAAAAGCAUGAACUCCAACAUAAAAACUCAGGCUUUACCAAAUAAAAAUUAUCAACAUUCAAAAUAUAAGUGUAUUUUGGGUAUAGAUUAUUAUCAUUAAGUAGUUGAAAUCACUACAAAGAAAAAUUAACAAUCUAAAUAGAAAU